AGGGCAAAUAGCUGUCAGGGGAUCAAAGAUGCAGUUAAAUUAUGAAGUUGUGGGCGGGAGAACAUUUCUAUUUGUUUUAGUUGUAGUUUUUGAGGGAAAAGAGGACAUGCACAAAUAUUUCAGCUGAAUUUCAAGGCUCCGUAUUGGAAUGAUCCACUGCUCAUUCUUACACGUGUCUGGUGACGUGGCUCCAAGAACAGUGGAAUUAUGUUCUCCAAUUCAAAGUGGCUGAUCGUGAUCCAGCUCCUGCUAAAUGAACACGCUCUGUGCAGAGUCCCACCGCCUCUGACUCAGAGGAACACGCUGCUUUCAGAAACUGACCCCCGUGAAGCGGUGGAGGAAACCGGCAAACAGGAGCAUCGGUAUCUCCUGGGAUCCCAUCUCCAGCUUAGUCUCUCAUCCGCUGAAAAGACUGAUCCUGUACCAGUGGUUGUGCAUGAAGAGGAGCGAGUCCAGUCUGCCAAACAUAUGAUAUCAGGUCUCAGGGCAAAGCUUCAGGCACAGGUUCAAGAUCAUCUGCAGGCUCAAGGGAACAUCAGCUGUGAGGAGCUUAUGUCUGCCAGCACCGUGAACGACCCUCUGUCCUCCAUGUUUCCCCAGGAGCUUCUGGGUCUCUCUCUGGUUCCUGUGCUGGUGGUGUCAGGAUGCCCCAGGGAGGCACAGGCCCUGGUGCUGAAGCUGUAUGACCUGCUGGGUGUGGCAGAUACAGAGGAGCUCCUGACUGAGGUGCAGGAUCUGAUAGAGAGGAGGUUGAGCAAGUCAGCAUCAACGCCAGCUGCUGCAUCUGCAAUGUCGUCUUCAGAGAAGGAUCAAGCAGGGCGCCGCAUAGACGCUGUGAUGUUCAACAUUGGCCAGCUGGCGAUGGCGGGAUUGGAAACCACUGAGCAGGAGGGACAUUGUGAAGACUGGACCAGGGUGAACGGAACCAGGCUGGUGGGGACAGCUGUGGAGGGAACCACAGGCGGACUGGAGGAGGCUGUGAACAGCUGUGAGAGACUGGGCGCCCUGUGUGCAGGCGUGACCAGCAGUGGAAUGCUCACACCAGGCACCUACAAGGCCGUGCUGAAGAAAAGCAGUCGUAUCCUGCCAUCGGACUCUGCAGGGUCUGAGUGUUGGAUCCGUCGGUGUAGUGAAGAGGAGCGUGCUUCUAACCCUGGGCCGCGGAUGAGACGCAGCCCCCAGAGAAGCUGCACCAACAAACGUGAGGAGCGCGUGUACAACGUGGUGGAGUGGAUCCCUGCAGUCAGCACCCUCUACAACCUGGGCACAGCGGUGUAUUAUGCCUCAGUGAACUGCUCCGAGACAGCCAAGGAGAGAGCCAUCCUGAGUGCUGUGGACCUGGGCACAGACGCUCUCAUGGUCGCCACAGGGGGCACCGCUGGGGUGGCAGGUUACGCUCUGGGUGCAGGGGUGAAGACCGGAGUGAAAGCUGGAGUCAGGUACCUGCUCAACUCCAUGAGGCAGGAGGACGACUUGCUGGUAAACCAGUUCAGCUGGGAGGAGGGCGUCACAUUCCAGUAGAGUGAGGGAUCGGUGACUCAGCCUGUUAAGUUUGUAUUAGUUUAUAAGGAUCCGUGUUUGUUAGUUGACUUGAUGAAGAGUAACUCAAUCGGUUUUCCCAGAUUCAAUUUAAUCUAGAUUAUAUGUGAAACAAGAUUAGACUGUAUUGUAUGACUCAGUGGAUUAUCAGCAUCACAUCUUCAAAGGGGAGAAAAGCUUUUUCUGUUUGUGUGAGUGUAAGAUAAACCUCCCUCUGACACAAGAACUCUCUAUUGAAGUUAAUGACAGCAACUUUCACAAAGUCCAGUAAAAAGUACACUACCUUUUGCAUUACAGCAGUUGUAAUGAAUCUUAGUUAUCUAACCCCUGAAAGUGUUAACUUUAAACCAUUGGAAAUAUAUCUCCCUACAGUAAUCAUUUAUCACAUUAAGCAGAAGCAUUUAAAGAACAGCAACAUUUAAAGAGCUGGUCUCAGGAAGCUGAACCCUUAAACCCUUUGACUCUGGCCUAUGACAUAUAGUGUAUCAAUCCAGUAUCUAGUCCAUGACAGUGUAUUGGGGCCAUUGCAGGUUAAAUAAAUAAAUACAAUAUAAAGCUGGGUGCCUUGGCUAAUAAUAUUAUCAAAUUUUAAAAUCACAUCAAUAGAUUCAUAUUUAUUUUGAAUUUAAAAACAGAUUUUUCACCACGUUUGUGCAAUGUAUAAGAAUUAUAUCAAUAUUUAUAUUAUAACUUUUGUUAUAGGCUACUGCUACUGAUGGCAUUUAUAUUAUGAUUAUUCCUUUUUGGUGUUACCACCCAGCCCAAGGUCGGGACGAUAAAAAUGUAAUUCAGUUUCAUCUUCAGGUUAUUUAAUUAAUGGCCCCAUUACACAGUCACACUAACUGGCCGACACACUGACCUCUGUUAUCUGGCCUUCCUCAUUCCCGCUGUGGUCUUCCUCCCAUCAAAACCAGGCAAUAGUCACAUUCUGGUGUAAUUGCAGGGACAGAAGUCUGGUUACUAAACUUUAUUACUUUAUAUGUUUUCUUCAAAUGUCAUUAAAUUGGAUAUUCAAUGUGUGUUUUUUUUAGUUUGGAAGAAAUCUCUGAAUAGACUUGUUAAUGUUCAAACAAUCAAAUUGUAUUUGUAUAGCCCAUAUUGACAAAUCAAAGUUCGACUCACAGGGCGUGCUCUAACACUGAUGUUGCAAGUGGGUCAAUUAUUUUAAUUGCAGGAUGCCUCUCAGUUGAAGGCAAUUCCUGAAGGUGAGAUAUUCCAUUCACAAGGCAAACACUUUUUUUUUGUGAGGUGAGAGCGGCCUUGAUCUUCGACCACUAAAAUCGAAUCAUAUUGUGAGUCCAACUGAACUUGGAAAUAAUUUCAAAGAAAUUCCUUCAAGGUGUUCUUGAGAUAUCUUGGUUGAAAGAAGAGAGUAAAUGGGAAAGAUGGAAAACUAGAAACUAUAAUGUCUCCGGCCCCCGUCUGCACAGAUGCAUAAUGAAAAUCAAUAAUCUACAGUAUUUGAUGUGCUAAAAACAAGGUGAUGUAGGAAUGUGAGUAUGAUUUUGAUCAAAUAAAUGAUAGGUGAUCUUAACACACAAAA